AUGACCUCCGUUUGCAGGUGUGUUAAAAGUAAAUUGCAUUCUUUUCACAUCAGAACAGCAUACUCUGCCUCUGUUGGAAGCCUACAUAUACAAAACAUCCAAAAACGAUACUCUACAAUUCCAGAAAGAUAUACAGAUAAGUUGCUACAGAAAGCCAGAGAACGGGGAUUUAAAUCUGUUGAAGAAUUAAAAUUUCAUUUGAAGAAGGAGAUUGAAAGCAAGAAGAAGGAGUUUAAUAAAAUUGACCCUUUAAAAGAAUUGGAGGACUACGAACAACGUAUGAAGAUGUGUGAGAAUAAAGGUAAGAUGACGAAUACGAGGGGCCCUAUCGAUUCAUCCGCACCCCAACUACCAUUUAAGACUUUAAAUUCUUUUUUGAAUGUGGAGAAAAUGAAGCAGCUUUCCAAACAAGAAGUUGAAUUUUUGUGGAGAGCCAGAUGGAUGGAGAAGGACAACAUGCUAAAUGCUGUGGUUCCUGUUGAUGUAUUCAAUAAGAUGAGUAGUAACGCCAAAUCAAAUCCUAUUCUUGUAUUGCCACUACCCAGAGAUAUUCAAGCUGCUAAUACUGAGGGACAAGGCGAACAAGGUAUCGAGAUGCACUACAUUCAGUGGCAGUUUGUUGGUCCUAAAACUGUCCACUGUAUCAUGACCUCUUUGGCAGAAUACAAGCUACAUAAAGGCUUUGCCAGGCCACAUACUACCUUUCAAUUUCAUUUGGAUCUUGCAGAAGAGAAAAAGAUCGUUCUCAUGAACGGUCAAGUAGAAACUGAUGCUAACAUUUCCUUACAGGAAGCCCAACUUUUGCUGCUAAAUGUCCAAAGAUUCUAUGGUGCAAUGGGAGAUCAUACCACUAUGGCAAAGGCGAGGUUAAAGAUACUAAAAGACUUUAACACUGGUUCUUCAGACUUCAAUGUCGACUUAUUGAUUUCAUUAUCACAGUCGAUGGAGACGUAA